AUGCCCAAGGCCAAGGGGAAGACCCGGAGGCAGAAGUUCGGUUACAGCGUUAACCGGAAGCGUCUGAACCGGACCGCUCGGCGGAAGGCCGCCCCGCGGAUCGAGUGCGCCCACAUCCGCCAUGCCUGGGACCACGCCAAGUCCGUGCGGCAGAACCUGGCCGAGAUGGGGCUGGCCAUGGACCCCAACAAGGCGGUGCCCCUCCGCAAGAGGAAGGUCAAGGCCAUGGAGGUGGACGUAGGCGAGAGACGUCAGGAGCUCAUCCGGAAGCCCUAUGUGCUGAGCGACCUCGAGGCAGAGGCCAGCCUCCCGGAGAAGAAGGGAAACACGCUGUCCCGGGACCUCAUAGACUACGUCCGCUACAUGGUGCAGAGCCACGGGGAGGACUACAAGGCUAUGGCCCGGGAUGAGAAGAAUUACUACCAAGACACCCCGAAGCAGAUCCGGAAUAAGAUCAACGUCUAUAAGCGCUUUUACCCAGCCGAGUGGGAAGCCUUCGUUCAUUCUUUGCCGAAGGAUGCGAUGGAGAUGGAGUGA